CGAAACUAUAACUAUUUGGGACUCCCUGUUAUUUUAAAUUAAAUAUAGGGGCGUUGUUUUCCGUAUGAAGUUGAUUUGUCUGAAACACUGGGGCCCGACGUAAACAUUGGGAAGCUAGAACGCGCUCAAAAGUCAACACAUGUUACCGGCUGGUCAGGUUACCGUUAUAUAUUACAAACUGGCAGCUGUACGUCUUUGUCUUUUAAUAGCUGAAAAAGAAGUUUUCAAUUUUUUGUUUAUCUCUAAGCUUUCCCUUUGGUCUUUCUCACACCAUUCUUCUCCCUCCUCUGCGACUCGUAACGCUCUCUCCAGACAUCUCUCCGGAUUUAAUUGAUGGGAGCAUCAUCAGGAUCAAAUCUACCUCACCAAAUGCUACCACCACGUCAGCAACUACAAACUGUUCUCCCCCUUGCAUCUUCUGAACCACCACACUUAUCACGUUCCAGCUCCGGCAUUGUCCGUGAAUCACCAGCCGAAAGCGCCAGCUCUCAAGAAACAUGGCCAACCUCAAAGUCAAUCAUUCCAAAGAAGACAGAGAGCGGAAAGUCAGGAGGUCCUGACUCGCACGACCAACAUGUUAUCCACAAGGUGUCACUACAUGACAUAGCUAGAGAGAGAGUGGAGUUAGUCUCCGAGAGGAUGAUCCGAUUACCUGAAGGAUAUCUCGAGGAUUUAAAGAACGGGCUUAAAGCUAUCCUCGAUGGAAACAGUGAUGAGUUUAUGUUUCUUCAGAAGUUUGUUCAGACACGUCCGGAUUUGAACUCGAAGACACUUGUGAGAACUCACAGAGUGCAGCUUGAGAUCCUUGUGGUUAUGAAAACUGGUAUCCAAGCUUUCUUGCACCCAAACAUCAAUCUCUCUCAGACAAAUCUCAUCGAGAUUUUUUUAUACAAGAGAUGCAGAAACAUAGCUUGCCAAAACGAACUCCCAGCUGAUGACUGUCCUUGUGAGAUAUGCACUAACAGGAAAGGCUUCUGCAACCUUUGCAUGUGUGUGAUCUGUAGCAAGUUUGACUUUGCUGUGAACACGUGUCGCUGGAUUGGUUGUGAUGUGUGUUCUCAUUGGACUCAUACGGAUUGUGCUAUUAGAGAUGGAGAGAUUUCGAUGGGAGUUUCGGCUAAGAGUGUGUCUGGGAUGGGGGAGAUGCUGUUCAAGUGUAGAGCUUGUAACCAUACCUCUGAGUUGCUUGGUUGGGUUAAAGAUGUGUUUCAUCACUGUGUACCGAACUGGGAUAGGGAGGCUUUGAUGAAGGAGCUUGAUUUUGUACGUAGGAUUUUCCGUGGAAGUGAAGAUACAAGAGGAAGGAAACUGUUUUGGAAGUGUGAGGAGAUUAUUGAUAAGAUUAAAGGUGGCUUGGCUGAUGCAACAGCUGCUGCCAAAUUGAUACUCAUGUUCUUCCAAGAAAUUGAGUUGGACUCUCCAAAGAGCCUUGAAAACGGAGAAGGUGGAGGAAUGAUAGCACCACAAGACGCAUGCAACCGCAUAGCCGAAGUUGUAAAGGAGACACUGAGGAAAAUGGAGAUAGUUGGUGAGGAGAAGACAAGGAUGUACAAGAAGGCAAGGAUGGGGCUUGAGGAAUGCGAGAGAGAGAUGGAGGAGAAGGCAAAAGAAGUAGCUGAGCUGAAGAUGGAGAGGCAGAAGAAGAAGCAACAGAUAGAGGAAGUAGAGAGGAUAGUGAGGCUGAAACAAGCAGAGGCAGAGAUGUUUCAGUUGAAAGCAAACGAGGCGAAAAUGGAAGCAGAGAGGUUGGAGAGGAUUGUGAAAGCUAAGAAGGAGAAGACUGAGGAGGAGUAUGCGAGUAACUACCUGAAACAGAGGCUGAGCGAGGCGGAGGCAGAGAAAGAGUAUCUGUUUCAGAAGUUAAAAGAGCAAGAAAGUGGUGGUAGUGGUGGUGGUGGUGAGGCGUCACAGUCAGUGAUGUACUCAAAGAUCAGAGAGAUGCUGAGUGGAUACAAUGCACCGUCGCCAAGAGUUGAUCCAAGAUCAAACCAGCGAAACCAUUUUGGAUCCAAUCCUUGAAAUGUUUGUAUUCAUGUUCCAGCUUUGAAUCAAUUACUGUUGGAUUUGCGUGUGAACUGGGAAGUCUUGUAGUUGUAAUUGCAUUAAUGUUUAACUAGGAUAAGACCCGCCCCUUGCUCGGGAUGAAGCUAUUAUUUCUAUUAUGUUUUGCAAAAUGAAACAAUAGUUCGGUUUCAUUCGGAUUAGAGGUGUUCAAUCCGGAUAUCGGGUUUCGGUUCGGCUCGAUUUUUUGGUAUUUCGAUCAUUAAAAUAUAACUACUACUCUAAAUCUAUAUGUACUUCAGUUUGAUUUCGUUUAUAUACCAUC